GGAGCUUGAAUGAAGCGUGUGUGCUGAGCGCUCGUAUCCCUCUGUCUUCUCCCUUGCUCCAGUCGUUGCCACGUCUGUCUCCUCCUCCUCCUCCUCCUCCUCCUCCUCCUCGUUGUUUUACUCAGCGUUCUGGGCUAAAGAAAUUACAAACGAAAAAUACAAUCGAUGACGUCAUCAAGUAAUCGUGUAGGACGUGUGCCAGAAGGAUGGGUAGAUUGCCCCUCCUUCGGAGAGCCGCUGGGGCGAAUAAUACCGUGUAAAGCCCCGCUGGGUGAGGCUUUCAGGGGCUCCUCGAUAGAGCCCGGGAGGCUUUUCACGCCUGCAAUUCUGCUUCAGGAGCAGAGGGCGAGCUCGAGGACAGUUCGACUUGUGGUGGAUCUGACGAGUACGACAAGAUACUGCACGGAGAGGGAGUGGACGUGUCACGGUGUGAAGUACUUGAAGAUACCCUGCAGAGGGUGGGGGCAGACACCCGAUCCCGACUCUGUUAAUCGUUUUGUUUUUGAGCUGCUGCAGUAUUUUGCAAGUCCAUCGGGAAGAGGGCAAGGGCUAGGAGGAGGAGGAGGAGGAGGAGGAGGAGGAGGUGGAGGAGGAGGAGGAGGUGGCGGGAGAUUGGGAAGAGUAGGGGGAGGAGUAGGCGGAGGAGGUGGAAGAGGAGAAGGGUGUACGUACCAGCAGGUGCGGCAGCCAUGCAAACAGGAGGCCUACGUGGUCGUAUACUGCACACACGGGUUUAAUCGGACGGGUUAUAUGAUCAUCAAUUACUUGCUAAGGACGGUGGGAGGGAGUGUGGAGGAGCACCUCAAGGCGUUUGCCCGGGCUAGGCCUGCAGGCAUCUACAAGGCUGAGUACAUCAGAGCGUUGUUCGCUAAUUACCAUCAGAGAGGGGUGGAAUCGAUCGAGUUCCCACCGAAGCCAGACUGGAAGAGGAGCGACGACGACGAUGAUGGAGAAGAGCAGCAGCAGCAGGAGCAGCAGGAGGAGGAGGAAGAGGAGGAGGAUAUGCAAGGUGGGGGAGGGGGAGGGGGAGGAGGGGGGGCAGCAACGCAAAUGCUCAGCGAUGACGUGUUCGGAGAGGUUAUUCCUGAGGAGCAGGCGGUCGAGCUUCGGCAGCUCUGUUGUUGGGCCCUGGGCGUUCCUCCGCAAACACUCCAUAGUAGCACCGGAGGAGGAGGAGGAGGAGGAAGAGGAGGAAGAGGAGGAGGAGGAGUGCGUAUUCGAUUUCCUGGCUCUUAUCCUGUUUCCUUAGAUCGACAGAAUCUGCAGCUUCUGAAGAUGAAGUAUUACCAAGUGACGUGGAAAGCUGACGGCACUCGUUACUUGCUACUGAUUAUGAGCCAUGGCGUCUAUUUGAUCCAUAGCUGCUUCCCCGUACGACGUGUGCAGAUGCGAUUCCCUCUUCCUCUUCGGAGAGGGAAGAACAGGAGCAGGAAAGAUUGCCUCGUCGAUGACACUCACUCCUCCACGCUUCUGGACGUGGAGAUGGUCGUUGACGUAGACCCGCAGACGGGGAAGAAGACGAGGACGUGCUUGGCGUUUGACUUGAUGAUGAUCGAUGGUCUUCCCGUAGUAAACUCACCCUUCAGCGAGCGAUUGAGAAGGAUAGAGGAGGAGAUCGUGCUGCCCCGACGAGAGGAGCAGCAAUUGAACAGCAAGCGAGCGAUUAAGGAGGAUAGAGGAGUAGAUCUUCUGCAGUGUAUGACUGAUUACGACGCCGAACCGUUUCGAGUGUGCUGCAAGCAGUUCUGGCCAAUCACGGGGAUAAAGGAUCUUCUUCGUGGAGAUUUCGUGAAAAGCUUAAGUCAUCGAUCUGAGGGUCUCAUCUUUCAGUGCGCAGAUGAGUCGUACGUUCCGUACGCUCAUUACGGCCUUCUCAAGUGGAAGUAUGCUCAUCUCAACACCGUUGAUUUCCUUCUGACAAUGGAUAAGGUUAAGGAUAAGGAGGAUGAGGAUAAGGACGUGCUGCCCACGUUGCAUGUGAUGGGAAAAGGCGGGAAAGUUCUUGCUCUUGAGAAUGUCAAGAUCUCGCUCAAGGCCGGGGAAGGCGGCGGCGAUAUUCAUAUGUCGAAUCUGGCGGGAAAGAUCAUUGAAUGUUCGUGGAACAAUCACGAGCAAUCUUGGCACUUCAUGAGGAUAAGACCCGAUAGAACCACUCCCAAUGGGUUUAAUGUCUACGAACAUGUCAAAAGGAGCAUUGAAGAUAACAUUACGGAACGAGAUUUGCUGGAAGCCAUGGAUCAAUGCAUAGCUCUCCCACUUUACGCAAAUAGAUUGAGAGGCUAGAAAUAAUAGAUCAUUAUCCAUUAUCUACCUCUGAUCAGGCUCCCUCCGACAAGGACUUCGUUGGCUUAAUCU